AUGAUCAUUGAUCCAAUUUUGCUGUUUAAUGGCUUUGGUAGCGCUUUCUACUUUGAUACUCAAACACUUCUUGCUACUGUUAGUGUUCUGGCUGCCAUUGCUCUUUCUCUCUUUCUUGGCCUCAAGGGUGAUCCGGUGUCCUGUGAGCGAUGUGGUGGAAACGGUGGAACAAAAUGUGUGUUUUGCAACGACGGCAAGAUGAAGCAAGAGAUGGGGUUGGUUGACUGCAAAGUAUGCAAGGGUUCAGGAUUGAUACUCUGCAAGAAAUGUGCAGGUUCUGGUUAUUCCAGAAGGUUAUGA